AUGGAUCAGUUUGAGGACAGAGAGGACAGAGUCCUUCUCUCUAAAACCGCUCUGUGUGGAGAACAUGAGGACCCAAGCAAAGCUCAGAGAUUGGACCAGCAGAGCUCUGAGCUUCCCAGUGGUCCAUCUGCCCAGCAGCAUCAAACCCAGCUUGACUCCAUUUUUAUGCUGCUGGAGGAAAACAUUGUUAGUUUUGUGAAGAAUGAGCUGAAGAAGAUCCAGAUGGUUCUGAGAACAGAUGACCCAGAAGGCGUAGAGGGCCAGUGGGGGGAUAAGAAGGGGUUGGAAGGUGAGGAUGAAGAGCAGAGGUGGAGCAGAGAAGCUUUGGUAAAGAUCAGCCUGAAUUUCCUGAGGAAAAUGAAGCAGGAGGAGCUCGCUGAACGUCUGCAGAGCAUUACAGAGUCCACCUUACUGGAUGUCCUGCUGACAAACCUCAUCAGGGGGAAACUGCUUCCCUCUGCUCUCCUCUGGAUAACCACAAGACCUGCAGGAGCCAAUCAGAUCCCUCCUGAGUGUGUUGGCAUGGUGACAGAGGUCAGAGGGUUCAAUGACCCACAGAAGGAGGAGUACUUCAGGAAGAGAUUCAGAGAUGAGGAGCAGGCCAGCAGGAUCAUCUCCCACAUCAGUAGAUCUAGAAGCAUCCAGAUAAUGUGCCACGUUCCAGUCUUCUGCUGGAUCACUGCUACGGUUCUGGAGGAUGUGUUGGAGACCAGAGAGGGAGGAGAGCUGCCCAACACCCUGACUGAGAUGUACAUCCACUUCCUGGUGGUUCAGACCAAAGUGAAGAAGGUCAAAUAUGAUGGAGGAGCUGAGACAGAUCCUCACUGGAGUCCAGAGAGCAGGAAGAUGAUUGAGUCUCUGGGAAAACUGGCUUUUGAUCAGCUGCAGAAAGGAAACCUGAUCUUCUAUGAAUCAGACCUGACAGAGUGUGGCAUCGAUAUCAGAGCAGCCUCAAAAUACUCUGGAAUUUUCACACAAAUCUUUAAAGAGGAGAGGGGGCUGUACCAGAACCAGGACAAGGUGUUCUGCUUCGUCCAUCUGAGUGUUCAGGAGUUUCUGGCUGCUCUUCAUGUCCAUCUGAGCUUCAUCAAGAAUGGAGUCAAUGUGAUGGAAGAAGAAAAUAAAAAGAUUUCAUUUUUGUCUAAAUUAUCUAAGACAAUAAAACUAAGAAGUCUCCAUCAGUGUGCUGUGAACAAGGCCUUGCAGAGUCCUAAUGGACACCUGGACUUGUUCCUCCGCUUCCUCCUGGGUCUUUCACUGCAGACCAAUCAGACUCUCCUACAAGGUCUGAUGACAAGAAUGAGAAGUAGCUCACUGACCAAUCAGGAAACAGUUCAUUACAUCAAGGAGAAGAUCAAUGAGAAUCUAUCUGCAGAGAAAAGCAUCAACCUGUUCCACUGUCUGAAUGAACUGAAGGAUCACUCUCUGGUCCAGGAGAUCCAACAAUCUCUGAGAUCAGGAAGUCUCUCCACAGAUAAACUGUCUCCUGCUCAGUGGUCAGCUCUGGCCUUCAUCUUAGUGACAUCAGGAGAAGAUCUGAAUGAGUUUGACCUGAAGAAAUACUCUGCUUCAGAGGAGACUCUUCUCAGGCUGCUGCCAGUGGUCAAAGCUUCAAACAAAGUUCUACUGAAUGACUGUAACCUCUCAGAAAGAAGCUGUGACGUUCUGGCCUCAGUUCUCAGCUCCCAGUCCUCUAAUCUUAGAGAGAUUGAUCUCAGUAACAACAAGCUGCAGGAUUCUAGAGUGGAGCUGCUGUCUUCUGGAAUGAUGAGUCCAAACUGCAAACUGGAAACUCUCAGACUGAAUAACUGUAAUCUCUCAGAGAGAAUCUGCAAAGUUCUGGCCUCAAUUCUCAGCUCCCAGUCCUGUAAUCUUAGAGAAAUGGAUCUGAGUAACAACAAGCUGCAGGAUUCUGGAGUGGAGCUGCUGUCUUCUGGACUGAAGAGUCCAAACUGCAAACUGGAAACUCUCAGGCUGAAUGACUGUAACCUCUCAGAGACAAGCUGCAAAGUUCUGGCCUCAGUUCUCAGCUCCCAGUCCUCCAAUCUUAGAGAAAUGGAUCUGAGUAAAAACAAACUGCAGGAUUCUGGAGUGAAGCUGCUGUCUUCUGAACUGAAGAGUCCAAACUGCAACCUGGAAACUCUCAGACUUAGAUCCUGUAACCUCUCAGGGAGAACUUGUGAAGUUCUGUCAUCAGUUCUGAGGUCCAAGUGCUGCUCUCUGAGAGAGGUUGACCUGCAGAACAACAACCUUCAAGAUUCAGGGGAGAAGUUUCUGUCUGGUUCAGACUUUACUCUGGAAAUAUUCAAGGAGCCUGAUGGAGUCCGAUGGUUGAAACCAGGUCUGAGGAAGUAUUCCUGUCAGCUCACAAUCGACACAAAUACAGUGAGCAGAAAAUUGAAACUGUCUGAAGACAACAGGAAUGUGACAUAUGUGGAGGAGCUUCAGUCGUAUCCUGAUCAUCCAGACAGAUUUGAUUACUGGCCUCAGCUGCUGUGUAGUGAUGGUCUGACUGGUCGCUGUUACUGGGAGGUUGAGUGGAGAGGAGAAGUUUAUAUAUCAGUGAGUUACAGAAGAAUCAGGAGGAAAGGAAACAGUGGAGACGGUGUGUUUGGAUACAAUGAUCAUUCCUGGAGUCUGAGCUGCUCUGAUGGUAAAGCUUUCUCUGUCUGGCACAAUAAGGAGAAACCAUCUUCCUCCUCCUCCUCCUCCUUCUCUGUCUCUAACAGAGUAGCAGUGUAUGUGGACUGUCCUGCUGGCAUUCUGUCCUUCUACAGAGUCUCAUCUGACUCACUGAUCCACCUCUUCACCUUCAACACCACAUUCACUGAACCUCUUUAUCCUGGAUUCUGGAUCCGUUCUGAUUCCUUAGUGUUUCUGUGCUCAGUCUAAAGAGUCUCCUCCAGUCAGAGCAACUCUCUCCUAGUCAACAGACAGUUUAGUAUCUCCAU